CCAAUUUUGAAUUUUGUCAGGGUUUGUUUAUAUCGAAAUAUUUAUUGGUUUUGAUUUAUUAUAUGACUAUAUUUUACUAAAAAAUCAUGGAACCACGAACGGAGCUUCAGCGAAAUGCCUUAACGGAGGCUCGUCGUAAGGAGUUGAAUGUAUACCAACGUGCCCUGGACUUAAAAUGGUUGGACAGCCGCAUGGCAGAUGGUCGGAUGGGCCGCUGCCUGGCACUCAUUCAGCGGGAGGCUGAAAUGGAAAGGGAGUUUAAAGAAAGAACGGACCAUGCAGCUAUUGUGAAUGCUAGAGCUGAAAAAGACACUAAACUGGGCAUUGAAAUAGCCAAUAUUCGCCAUGAAGAAGUUUGUCAGCUGCUGCGACGACAUUAUUUGCGAGAAAGAGACCCCAGCCUCAGGGAACUUGCACGGAAACUGCAAGCUGGAUAUGUCUGCAAGGAUUUACAGCUACAAAUUUUAAACAAUGAAUACAAAAGGUUGCAGGAAAAGGCAGAAGAAAUGCAAGCCAGCAACAUACUGCUGAAAUCUCUAUCAGAUGACAAAGAUGCUAUGGCUCAGGAGCAAAAAGAGAAGAUGGAGCGCACUUCACAAUACUGUAAGGAGUUACAACAACAGUUGGUGAACAGACAUCUGCAGAAACAAUGUCAGUAUGAGGACUCUUUGAUUGAGAAGAAGAUGCUUGAGGAUAUUAUGCGCACUAUUUCUGAUGAGGAUAUGAAAGAACUGCAACAGAAGCGAGCAAUAACGGAGAAGAUGCGUCAUGAAAUGAAGACAUUCCUUCAAGCUCGGGAAGCUUGGAAACAGAAGCAGAAGGAGAUGGUCGUCCAGGAGGAACGGAAUAUUGAGGAGCAGAACAAAAUGGCCUCUGACAGGAGUUCUGCUGUUUUAGCAGCACGUGAAGAAAAAAUGCGCAAGAAAGAAGAGUUCACAGAAAAAAUGUCUGCGAAAAUAUUGGCUGAUGAGGCAGCACGUCAGGAACGUACGAAUAUAAUAAAGCUCCUUCAAGAACAAGAGUACUUAGAGAAGAACUUCCAAGACGAUAUAGCGGAGCGCGACAAGUCCCGGCGAGCCCGGCACGACACGUACAGCGCGCUCACGCAGCAGAUGGACGAGCGACGCCGCGCCGCGCGGGACUCUAAGUUGCAAGAGGCUCACUACAGGAAGAUGUGCGAAGAGAAAAUCGCGGCGGAUUUGGCGAAGGAGCGCGAAGAACAACGGAAGAAGAAAGAGAAAGGGAAACUCUACUCGCAGGAACUGCUGAAGCAGAUCGAAGCCAACGCCAGGCGGAGGAAGCGAGACAUGGAGAUGGAGGAACAGCGAGCUGUCCAUGUCAAGGAAUAUGAUAAUAAUUGGCAACAGGAAGUAGCAAAGGAACGCGAGAAGAUGAUAGCAGAGCACGUGCCGGGACUCGUGGGCUACGUGACGGCCGGGGUGCUCCGCCAGGAGGACCUGCCCGCGCUGCGCCGGGGGGCGAAGGCCCGCCCCGACCUCGCCCACCUCGACAUCGACCGCAUGGCCAACUCCAACAAACCGCAUCGCUUCGUCAAGUGCAACCCGCAGUGCAAGAUUAUUAGGGAGUAUUAAAUGGUUCUUUAUUAUGUAAUCUGUUGGCUCAGCUACAUAGA